CCACAAAUGCCUUCCGCCGCAUGCCAAACCCUCCGUAAAUUAGCCACACGCCUGCAAUAAUUCUUCGAGCAUACGCUGCACUCGCUGCCUCCAGUUCUUACCUUACACUGCCUAAAGCGCGAAUUAACUGCCCCCGGUCCUCCGUUUAUUCCGUAUUUUUCAGCUGCUUGGUCGGCGAUCUAAUACCCUUCAAGUUCCUGACAUCUCGUGCCCGGCGUGCACCCGCCUUCCAUCACGCCCUUUCACUCAAAACCGCCAGGUGUCUCAGUCACCGAUCCUUUUCAGUCGCAUCGACAACUCGUCCGCUCGCCUUCUACUGUCGUACGCAACACCGGCGGAGACGCCUGCCUCAUUAUCUCCGCAGCGUCUUCUCGUAAUACUGAAUCCAAACUGGCUAUCGAUCGCUUGUCGUCGAGAACCGCAACCAUGAGCAACAAGGGUCGCUCAACGCCGCGUGUCGUGUGCUGCGCCAUACCCAUAGCGAGGGCAGCGGGAAAAGUCCUGAUAAUCACCAGUCGUAAAAGGCCGGAUAACUGGGUCUUGCCGAAAGGAGGUUGGGAGCCGUCGGAUGGAGUGUUGGAGGCAGCAGCGCUGCGAGAAGCCUUAGAAGAAGCGGGCGUUCGCGGCAAGAUCACCCGAUUCGUGACCACCAUCCCCUCCGCGUCGUCAACGUACCACUUUUACGAGUUGGAUGUGGCGGAGCUCGAUCAGGAAUGGUUGGAGAGCAAGGAGAGGAAGAGGGAGUGGGUGGACUACGCAGAGGCGGUGCAGCGGGUGUCUUGGAAAGCCGAGCUGGCACAAGGACUGUCGCUGUCGUCGCUGGCGCCCCCUCGCCGGUGACCCCGGCGCCGCGGGAGGUGGUAUCCAGGCCGAGGGCGAGGACGAGGCAUCUUCGAAUUCACGCCCAAAAUCCACGCUUCCGACACGCCACAAACUCUCAUCGUCGUCGCAUUCAACAAACCGGAACUCAUCACUCACCAUAGAAUCGCCACUCUGUCCUCGCUCGCAUCCCGUACCUUAUCCGCCCUGAAUUAUUUUGAAGAUACCUCGACGCGGCUUGGCAUAACGUCGGGUCCUCACUGUCCGGAUGUCACCCUUGUUCAAUCAUGAUCUCUCUGCAUCUAUCGCUUUGCAUGUACAAUCUAAUCCUCGCUCGCAGUAGUAUAGACACGUCCCGGCUUCUAUCAUGGAC